UCAGUGAGUCGUUCAGUGGGUUGUUCAGUAGGUGGUAAAACUGGGCCUUUUGUUUUGUCAUUAAGUAGGCAAAAGGGGGUGGGGUAGCAUACAGCUACAAAGAUAUAAAAGUAGCCAACUUGUGUUAUGCUGUGGUUAUUGCCACUGUGUUUCCGCAGGACACUGACUGAGAGAGAGAAGGACGAGAACAGAAGACAACUGUUCAGUUUUAAUUGUAAACAAGAUGGAGACAAAUUUUGUGUAUUGCCUGCUUUGCAAAAAGCCUCAAAAUUGCAUUCAAACACACCUGAGAAAAGUUUGCCUGAAAGACUGCACACCACAGGAACGUGAGGAAGAAGCUUCCAGAGCCAUUGACUCACAGAAGCUGUUUGGUAAUGAAGGUAGAGUCUGGAACUUCACAGAGCUCCAGGAGUACUGCAAGGAUGAAGAAGCUUGCAUUAAACUCUGCACUCGCCUUCAAUCACGUGGAUUUCUCAUCACGAACAGUCCCCAAGCAUGCCCGACAGUCGUGCCAACAGCGAGGCCUGAUAAGAAGAAAAUUCUUGCCGUGGCCAUGAAGGACAUCGACUAUUUCCAUGCAAGACUUUCAGGCGGUGAUUCCAUUCCCACAUUUGCAAUGACUACCUUCAGACAGUACUGCGAGGCCAUCCUGAUUUUACAGCAUGGACUGACAGCAAAUGCUGUUCAACAACUUUCUGUAGAGGAGUGGAUGGCGCGGAAAGCAGUAACUGAUGGUGCUGAGCUGAGUUCCACAGCAUUCAGUGGUAACUUGAUGAUAACCAGCCAGGAAGAACAAUUGUUGGACUGCUAUUUUAGGAACAUCCGUGCAGUGUCCUUGCAAAAUCAAGUUGCUGGCAGCGAUGACAGGGGCAAGUUCUUCCUAGGAGAAUGUGGGGUCCCACUGUCCAACCCAUCAUUAGAUGUAAAACGCCUGAGAGCGAGAUACCUGAGCACUGAACCUGAGGAUGCUAUGGCUGAGUCAGCAUCAAGCUCAGUAGGAGGACUACAGACACCAGGACAGGCCAGGUACACUUUUUUUGAUAUUCAGCUGAAGAAAAGAGUUGGGUACAUUCUCGGUCAGUCAGUUGGCAGAAGAGGUAACCCACCUCAGCCUGCACGUGUGCAGAUGGCUUUGGACAAGGAGAAAUGGCACACCAACAAGCCCACUGUCAAUGCCAUCUUGCAGGCCUGGGUUGCUCCGCAGCCCAGUAUACAAGACAACGAGUCCCUCAUGUCUUCGAUUGCAGAGCAGAAGUGGAAGGGCCUGGCUUUGCAAGACUUCGGGGAACGGAAGGGCAAAGGUGUGAUCGCACUUAUGCCUUUCCACAAAGGGGAUAUCGUGUGCGAUUACCACGGGACAUACAUCAGUGAAGCAGAAGGGAAACGGAGGCCCCAGUCGGGGUAUCUGUUCUUCUUCAGGGACGAGUGUGACCGAGGUAUGUGCAUCGAUGCCACUGCAUUCCCCUGUGCCUGUCAUCCCGACAUUGAAACCUAUGGAAGGCGAAUGAACCAUUCCCGGAAAAAUCCCAACAUCAAGCCCCAGAAGUUUACAAUGAACUUCCCUGCAGGACCUCAGGAGACAAUACUUUUCAUCGCCUUGAAGGACAUCACAGUUGGUGAGGAGCUUUUAUGGGACUACGGAGUAACUCGGAAAUCUUAUGGUGGUGAAGGGGAAGACUUGGAGUGGCUGGACAGCUGACUUUGAUUUUAUCUGUUCUUUUCCUCUUCUCUUUGCUUGGGUUUUUUUAUGGAGUGAUUUUAAUCUUCCCGGAGAUGGCAGUAAUUUGUUUUAAAAAAAAAAAACAAACAGCUGUUUUUACAUUGUAUUGCCAGUCAUUUAAAUGUGGUUUGAGGGUUUGUUUUGUUUUGUUUUGCUUUAAUUUACGUAUUGAAAUAAAAAGUGUCAUGUUUCCAAACUUCACUCUGCUUCAUAUUGUAUUAUAUAGGUUCACCGUUUCGUGUUUUAUUGUCAAAGUCUUGUGUUUCCAUGUUCAGGUGUCUUGUUUUGCUUCCCCUGUGACUCCAUUUUAAUUUCUCAUCUGUGU